UUUUUAGGUGACCAAUAUGAGCCCAAGCAUGCAAGAGUGACGACAAUCGAUUUGGACUCCUCCUAUCGGGAUUACUUUCCAAGGAAAUCCCCAAACAGCCCACACUGCGACUUGUCAAGAUUUCCCAUUAUGUUUUGCUGCACGUGAACCAUGUGAGGGUCUCUGAGUUGGCGUCUGGGGAAAAGACUUGACCCUGUCUGUCCCUGAAAAUUGUGCUUCCCCACCCCUUGGUCCCCUCCCCCCCCUUCAUUCCCCUCACCCCGUCCUCACAUUCCCCAUCUCCUUACCUAAAAAAGGAGACACGCCAUGAUGUUCAGAGACCAGGUAGGUAUCCUCACGGACUGGUUCAAGGGCUGGAACGAGUGCGAACAGACAGUGGCCCUGUUGUCCCUCCUCAAGAGGGUGUCCCGCACCCAGGCUCGCUUUUUACACAUUUGCCUUGAACACUGGUUGGCGGACUGCACAGAGAUUCAUAUCUUAGAAGCAGAGGCCAACAAUGCAGCCAUAGUCAACCAGUGGCACCAGGAGCCCAAGGAGAAAGUGGUGUUCUUGCUCUUGUCCCAUCUGCCUUUGUUGCAGCCACGCAACAGCGAGGCCAAAUGUGAGUACAUGAAGCUGCUGCAGAAGGUGUUGAGUCACACCAUUGAGAGUAGCUUGUUUGUGGAGGAGAGCAGACAGCUACUGUCCUACGCGCUAAUCCACCCCGCCACCACGCUGGAGGACCGCACGUCCCUGGCUAUGUGGCUCAACCAUCUAGAGGAACACCUAUCCGGCGGCUAUGCGCCGGCCACACGAGCGCCCCCCAGCCCGUACCACCCGCGUCAGGGUUCAGAUGAGUGGGCCGGCUCGGCCGAGGGCCUGGAGCCCGGCCAGGUCUGGCACGACAAGUCCCCCUCGUCCAGCACGUCUCCUGCAGGCCAGAACGGGCACAUGACUUUUCCGGGCGGAUUGUCCUCUCCUGUCAACAGCAAUAAUACAGGACUAGGCGGGCAGAUGCAGCCCAGCCCUCUGAAGAAAUCCGCCAUCCCCUCCGGUUCACAGUCGUGUAACUCUGAUUGGCUCGGUCAGGAUGACAUGGGAAGCCGGCAGAACUUCCUCCCGACGGACCACGCGCCGCUCUCCCCGCAGAGCAGCGUGGCGUCCUCGGGCAGCGAACAGACUGAAGACCAGGGCUCGGUACGCAACACCUUCCAGGAGGACGGCAGCGGCAUGAAAGAUGUUCCCGCGUGGUUGAAAAGUCUCCGCCUUCACAAGUAUGCAUCGCUUUUCUCCCAAAUGAGCUACGAGGAGAUGAUGAUUCUCACGGAGCAUCAUCUGGAAUCUCAGAACGUCACCAAGGGAGCGCGGCAUAAAAUUGCCUUGAGCAUCCAAAAACUGCGCGAGCGGCAGAGUGUCCUCAAGUCUUUGGAAAAGGACAUUUUGGAAGGAGGAAACCUGCGCAACGCUCUGCAGGAGCUGCAACAGAUCAUCAUCACGCCUAUCAAGGCCUACAGCACGUUGAUGCAGACCCCGCAGGAGCCGGCCGGCUCCCCUCCCGAAGCCGCAAAGUCGGCCACGGAUAAAGACGCGGCCCCCGAGGGAUUCCAUUCUCACAGCGACGGAGACUCCUCGGUGACGCCCAUCUCGGACGGUGACAUUGCCGGACAGUUCACCCGAGUCAUGGGCAAAGUGUGCACGCAACUGCUCGUGUCCAGGCCAGAUGAGGAAAAUAUCAGCUGCUACCUCCAGCUCAUCGAGAAAUGUCUAAUACAUGAGGCUUUCACAGAAACCCACAAGAAACGUCUGGUUUCCUGGAAGCAGCAGGUCCUCAAACUGCUCCGCCUGGUCCCUCGGAAAGCCAUGCUGGACAUGCCCGUGUACCGACAGAAAGGCUGGGCCUACGGGUCCAACUCCCUCCCCACAGCGGGCUCUGUGAGCGGAGGCGUGGGCCGGCGGGGCCAGAGGCAGUUUCAGAUAACCCCCCGCGGACUCCAGGCGGGCCGCAUAGGUCUGUUGAGUCCCGGCGGAAUCGGCGGCGUCUCUCCUCGCCACACGCUCACCAGCCCCGCCGGGCUGGCAGGCCAAGGUCGUCAGAGCCUGUGGUUUGCCAACCCCGGAGGCAGUAACAGCAUGCCAAGUCAAAGUCGCAGCUCCGUGCAGCGGACCCACUCGCUUCCUGUCCACACCUCGCCGCAAACCAUGCUCAUGUUCCAGCAGCAAGAUUGCCAAGUUCCAGGCGCUGACCUGGAGAUCAACCCAACGCUGGAGUCGCUGUGCCUCAGUAUGACGGAGCACGCCUUAGGCGACGGAACUGACCGGACAUCGACGAUAUGAAAGAAGACAAAGAGAGGGGGAAGAAAAAAAAAAAAGCUCCUCAUCACCCAGCACAAAAAUUACGUACGCUCGAGCAAACCAGGCAAAGCAGUCACUACAUAAUGACAAAAAAAA